CAAAAUUGUAGUAACAGUCUCUUAGCCCAGUGGACUUAAAAUACGGUCACUCCACGUGUCAUAAUGUGAGAAUAUAUAAGGCCUUAUCUACCGUUAAUGCUAAUUCAUCAAAUAACCACAAAUUGACACGUGGAAAGCACAUUUGUUAUCUGAUUCCACAUUUUUUAAAGUUGACAAAAGGUUUUUUAGACAAGGCCCAAUUCAAUUCUCGGCCUUUUAUCGAAAAAUAUAUUCUAGGUUGGUAGUGAUUAGCCCAGUCCAAUGUAAAUACAAAUUUGAGGUGUGGUCCAACUGACUUGCAUAUAUAUGGUCAAUAAUUCCUCAGAAUUUAUUAAAGUUUAGCAGAAGUGUGAAUUUUUUUUUUUGAUAAGAUAGCAGAAGUGUGAAUUAAUGAGUUGUAAAGUGAUCAAUUAGAUAUAUUAAAGUUAAAUAUGCUAAACACAUUUGGUUGGUCUAUAGUAAAUGUUGGUACGAAUUAAAUUAAAAAUUAAUUUCCUAAUUACGCAGAAUAUAUAUAAAAAAGUGGUCUUUUAAUAAAUUUUGGUAUGAAUUGAAUUUGAAGUCUAACAGUAAUGCAACUAAUAAUCGUUUUGAGAAAUUUCAGUUGGCAAGGAAAAGCAUAUUAUUACAUAUACAUAGCUUAAUGUUUUGAGUAGUAACUUUAGGUUGAAGAAUUGUCUUAAUUAACCAGCCAGGCGUUAAUUACUGUUCAGAAAAACACAACAAAAAUGGAUGCAAAUCAAGUGAAUUAAUUAAGAAAACUAAGCAAGGCAUAUUCUUUUCACCACGUUGAAGAUAUUUAAUUUUGUGUUUAUUAUUUUCUUAAUUUUUGUUAGAAAAAAGAUAAGCUUAAUUGUGCAAAACACAUAAACAUUAUAAAUAGAUGCAAAGUGAUCAUCAAUUGGAUCACAACUUCUCAAGUCAAUACCAAGUAGUUAAUUAAUCCCACUUAUUAAAUAAUUCUCUCAAAACAAAGUUCGUUCGAUCAAUUUUCCGAUGGAGACGGAGAAAAAACCCGUGAGUAAUACAGAGGUGGCGAAGAAGGCUAUCCUAGUGGGCUGCAACAACUAUCCAUAUCCGAUAACUAAGCUGAAAGGAUGCCAUAACGACGCGUAUAACAUGCAUAACACACUGAUUAAGAGAUUCCAUUUCGAUCCGAAAAGAAUCUUGGUUAUGGUGGACACGCCCGGAAGCAAAAAUAUGCCGACUGCUGCGAAUAUCAUAAAACAACUGGAGAAAAUGAUCGAAGAUGCUGACGAGGGAGACAGGCUGUUCUUUUACUUCUCUGGCCAUGGAAUGCCCCUUUGUGACAACGGAGAGUCAAAGCAAGCCAUCGUCACUUGUGAUCGCAAUCUCAUUACAUGCAUGGACUUUAGGUACUGCGUGAGCCGUUUGCCCGAAAAGGCAACUUUCACUAUAAUGGCUGACUCGUGCUUCAGCGGUGGACUCAUUGACGAAGAACCAGUGCAGGUUGGGCUACCGUACAUUGUUCCACAUAACGAGACAUGUGGUGGUGAGAAUACACCUAAAAUGAUUCCUUAUGAGUCCUACAUGGCAAACUUGUCGUCUACGACAGGACUGAACGAUCCGGACAUAGGUGCACACUUGAUCCAAUUGUUCGGAUCGGAAGUCAGCAUCAUGUUCCAACAGAGUACUGGUCAAAAUCCUCUGCCGAUAAUGAAAGCUGACCAAGGAAUUCUAUUGAGCGGCGGUGAGCCUAGUGAGAAAACGGUUGACGAACCUGCAGAUAAAAAUGGUCCUGCAGGUGGUGCUUUUACUAAAGCUAUCGUAGCAAUUCUCAAGGGGCACCCUGCCCCUAUUACCAACAAGAAAUUGGUUAUCAUGGCCAGGGGUAUUUUGGGGAACAAGAAAGAUAAUCCGCAGCAUCCAUGUCUUUACUGUAGCAGCAAAAACGCGGAUGCCAUCUUCCUUCGCAAAGCAUCUCAUGGUCGGGCUGAAAUUGGGGAAACAUCGGAAGAUCGUGUGCUUGAGGACUGAUCAGCAUUAAUAAGUACUUGUCUACUGUGCAAUAAGGUUCUCUUAAUAAGUAAUUACUAGCUAGAACCACUGCUAUAUUUUCAUUUCAUGUAAUUAUAUUAAGCUUUCUUUAUAUAAUACUCUACUGGUUUGUAAUAAUAUAUAAUUAUAUUAUGAAUUGCAAGCGAUCGCGUAAUAUUAAUUUUAAUAUUAAUAUGAUGAGAAGAUAUAUAAUGUUUGUUACUGAUAAUACAUUUCAGUGUUCCCUUUAUUAAUUGAUCUGAUUAUUAGUUAUUCCGUUUUACUGUUUAU